AUGGCGGAUUACAGCCAGCAACAGGGCCGCGAGUAUGCGCGCCCCGGCCAACCCACUGGGGCCCGAGAUACCGCCUUUGCCAACAUCUUCGGUGCCAGUCCGGCCAUGGCUGGGCGCUCGCAGACAAUGACUUCGCAGAGGCCCAUGAUGCAGCAGGAUCGAGCCGCGACCAUGUCCACGCAGACAGCUGACAUGAUGCAACGCGCACCUCCCAUGCGACAGCCAAUAAACGGCUAUGAUCGACGCCCUCCACCGCAGUUUGACCAGCGACCUCCUAGCAACUACGAGCAACAGCGCCCGCAGGGCUACGAGCAGCAGCACGACGGCUUAAACCGCGGACCUCCGAACGGCUACCCACCAAACCAGAGAAUGCCCGACGGGGCCCCUCCACCUCAAGCUCAACGCCAGCCCCAACCGCAGUAUCUCCCUCGACCACUUCGGCCGGAGCGUCAGCCAUAUGGGCAGCCCCAGCGCUUCGAUACACGCGGCCCACCACAGGGACAGCCACCCUUUAACAAGCCUGUACCGCAACGAUUUGGACCUGGUCCCGGUCCAGCGAUGAACAAUGACCCAUAUCGGUCGCAAUCAAUGGCCACUGUGCCUCGACCUCAAUUCAAUGCUCCAGGCCCAGGGUACCAGUCCCCCGCGAACACGUUCCGGCAGCAACCUUAUAUAAACCAUAUGGCGCGAACAACUGCCCAGGGUCGAGUGGUACCAGAGCGUCCUGACGAACGUACCAUGUCCAUGACGUCCUACUCUCGAGACCCCGAGUAUGCGCAAACAAUGAGCGGAAGAGUCAUUCCGGCGAGGAGGAGAGAGUCUGGGGAUACGGAGUCUGCACUUUACAUUGAUCAAAACCAACAAUCACCACCUCUGAGUGCUGGGCCUGGAAGCAAGACAAGGAAUGCAAGUCAUGGUAGUCAGGGCAGUAUACCUCAGAUCCGGACCAUGUCCAUGGCAUCCACCAUCGUACCGCCCUCUGAACGCACCGAUACAAUGAGCUCGUCAGUGACCAGGCCGAGCUCCACGCAGACUAUGACUAGCAAUAACCGAGCUUCCUCUCAAUCUAACCAGGGCCAAGUUGGAAUCGUAGCCCAGCGGCGCUCUCCUCUUGUUUACCCCGCGCUGCUUUCACGAGUAGCGGAAGUGUUUAAAGACCGCAUCCCAAUCACCGAGAAGCAGAAGGACGGAUUGGUAUACAACAAUGCUUUUACAGGCGCAGAGGCUGUGGACCUCAUAGCUUACAUUAUCAAAACCACGGAUCGAAACCUUGCAUUGCUCCUCGGCCGUUCACUCGACGCACAGAGGUUUUUCCAUGAUGUUACGUAUGCUCAUAGGCUGCGUGAUUCGACCAACGAGGUGUAUCAAUUCCAAGAGACGAUGCUGGAAGAGGGGACAGAGCAGGUCAAUGGUGUUUUUACCCUCCUGACGGAGUGUUAUUCGCCCACUUGUACUCGCGACCGGCUUUGUUAUUCAAUAGCAUGCCCUCGCCGAUUAGAACAACAAGCUCGAUUAAACCUGAGGCCAACCGGUCUCAAGCGCGAAACAUCCCACGCUAGCUUGCACGAGGAUCUGGACUCGGAGGAACAGAAGUUGUGGAUUAACACUGUCUCUAAGGAGGUCGCUGAGAGCGUGAGCGACAAAGAGAAGAAGCGACAAGAGGUCAUCUCGGAGCUGAUGUACACUGAACGCGACUUUGUGAAGGAUCUGGAGUACCUGAGAGAUUUCUGGAUGAAGCCCCUUCGAAACCCGGCAACGUCACCAAUUCCAGAACAUAGGAGGGAGAAAUUCGUGCGGACGGUGUUCUCCAAUUGUCAAGACGUCUACAUGGUUAAUUCUAGGCUCGCAGAAUCUCUCACUCGCCGACAACAGAAAGAUCCCGUGGUUUACUCUAUUGGCGACAUCUUCUUGGAGUAUGUGCCGCACUUCGCUCCUUUCAUCAAAUACGGCGCAAACCAGCUGUUCGGUAAGUACGAGUUUGAGCACGAGAAGCGCACGAAUGUCCAAUUCACGAAGUUUGUGGACGAGGUCGAAAGGAUGAAAGAGUCGAGGAAGUUAGAACUCAACGGUUACCUUACCAAACCUACGACACGUUUAGCGAGAUAUCCAUUACUCCUAGAGAACAUUCAGAAGUACACCGCAGACGACAAUCCAGACAAGCAGGAUAUACCCAAGGCUAUCAAGAUGAUCAAAGAGACGCUGUCCAAGGUCAACAUUGAGUCCGGAAAGGCCGAAAACCACUUCAACUUGAUGCAGCUCAAUCGAGAUCUUAAGUUCAGGCCUGGCGAGUUUGUCGACCUGAAGUUGACGGACGAGAACCGGCAAUUGGUGUUUAAGGGCACUCUCAAGAAAACGCCAACCGAACAGACGGGCGACAUCACUUGCUACCUCUUCGACCAUGCUGUGCUUCUGGUCCGCGCCAAAGUCGUCAACAAGCGCGAAGAGCAAAAGGUUUACAAGAAGCCAAUCCCAUUAGAACUCUUAGUCAUUGGCCAGAUGGACGAGAUCAUUCCUAAGAUGGGUAUCGCAAAACGUCCUUCUGCCAACUUGAUGGGUGCUAAGGCAAUGGCGAUGCCAGCCCCCAAAGGCGAUGCAGCAAAACAGCAGGGAUAUCCGAUUACUUUCCGGCAUCUUGGAAAGGGUGGGUACGAGCUUACUCUGUACGCAAGUACUCAAAUAUCUCAGCAAAAGUGGAUGGAGCAUAUCGAUUCGCAACAAAAGAACUUGAGAGAUCGCAGCAACAUCUUCACUCGGACUGUCAUCAACGAAGGCUUCUUCACUGCUGCCAUCCGAGUUACUUGUGCUGUUCCGCUUGAUGGUGGUCGAAAAAUCGCUUUUGGUACAGAUGCUGGUAUCUUCGUUACUGAUCGCAAGCCAAAAGAUGCAUCGCAAAGACCGCAACGAGUGCUUGAUUGCAAGGCGGUCACGCAGAUCGACGUUCUCGAGCAACACCAGAUCGUUUUGGUACUGUCUGAUAAGACCCUCUUCUCAUAUUCGCUGGAAGCGUUGGAUCCCAACGAGAAUAACGCAGUCGCUAAGCGUCCGAGGAAGAUUUGCCAUGCCAAUUUCUUCAAGUCUGGUAUCUGCCUGGGCCAACAAUUGGUCGCCUCGGUCAAGACUUCGACUUUAUCGACUACGAUCAAAGUCUACGAGCCGAAGGAGAACAUGGCCAACAAAUCGAGGAAAUCUGGUUUCGCCAAGAUGCUCUCGACUGGACAGGACCAGCUCAAGCCUUACAAGGAGUUCUACAUCCCAACAGAAUCUACUUCCAUACACUUCCUUCGCUCCAAGCUCUGCGUCGGGUGUGCGAAGGGCUUCGAAGUUGUCAGUCUUGAAACACUGGAGACACAGUCAUUGCUGGAUCAGGCCGACACCUCACUGGACUUUGUCGUGCGCAAGGAGAACAUCAAGCCGAUUCAUAUCGAACGCUUGGCGAGCGAAUUCCUCCUUUGCUACACAGACUACUCUUUCUUCGUUAAUAGGAAUGGAUGGCGGGCUCGGCCAGAUUGGCGAAUUGCAUGGGAAGGUACUCCGCAGGCGUUUGCCAUCUUCCAUCCUUACAUCCUUGCGUUCGAGCCCAGUUUCAUUGAGAUACGGCACAUGGAGAGCGGAGCUCUUGUACACAUUGUCACAGCGAAGAACAUUAGGUGGCUGCACACAUCAACGAGAGAGAUCAUAUAUGCUUACGAAGACGAGUUGGGCAACGACGUUAUCACCAGCCUGGACUUUUGGCAAACAGCACCUGGGCACAAGCAAAGCCUUGAAAACAACCGCUACCUCGAGAAGAACUGA